AUGGCGCAAAUUAUUCUGCAAAAUGAUGUCAAGGCAUUUGUGUCUCAUGAUACAACGGUCGAAGAUAAGUCCUCCACGGGAGGAGAACUAGGCAUCAAACCGAAAGUCCACUUUAGUCUACUGGGCGCCAUCGGUGUCCAAUACUCGGUCACCAGUGCCCCCAUUGCUAUUGGCGCAUACAUGUCGCUAGCUAUCGGCCUUGGUGGCUCCCCGGCAUACUUUUGGGGUUUCUUUAUGGUCGGACUUUUUCAAUUACUCGUCUGCCUUGCUACUGCAGAGCUUGCCUCGGCGAUUCCACAUUGCUCUGGUAUGUUGAUCAAGCAUCAUAAUACGAAGCUUCAAAAUUACAGGACUGACCACACUCUUGAAAAAGGCCCGGCGUACUGGGCUAUUGCCCUUGCAGACCGAAGAUACGCCCGCAGCUUGGGAUACAUUAUGGGAUGGUUGACAAAUGCUGGCUGGUUUUUCGUAUCCUCAGCCUGCACCCUUUAUCCAGCCCAGCUAACAAUGGGGCUCGUCCAAGCGGCAUACCCGGAUUUUACUGCAAAAUCAUGGCAAACGUAUCUGAUUUACGUAUGCUUUGCGUUACUGUACCUGUUCUUCAACCUUCCCCUCAUCUUUCGGUCAGUUAAUUUGUUGCUGCGAAUUGUAGUCGUCGCCGUUAAUGGGACGGCGAUUUACCUCAUGAUCGCUCUCUUGGUACGCACCCAACACAAACAAACAGCACAUUUCGUGUUUGCGGAGUUUACCAAUGAAUCAGGCUGGGCUUCCGACGGCCUUGUCUUCUUCCUUGCCCUACUACCUGCUGUUGGAUGUCUCAGCGCCUUCGACAACGCCACACAUUUAACCGAUGAGCUGGAAAACCCCCAAAAACAAGUUCCCCAGGUUAUUAUAGGGUCAUUUCUCAUGAGCUACCUCACGACGAUUCCUAUGAUUGUUGUAUACCAAUUUUGCAACAUCGAACCAGAGAGUCUUCUAGCGGCACCUGGCAAUCAGCCCUUCAUCCAGCUCAUGCAAAAUGCAUUUCGAAGCUUUGCCAUGACUGCCCUUGGAACCAGUAUGAUUAUAUUCUGCUUCUUCAUUGCUGGAACUGCGGCACUCAUCAGCUGGUCCCGCCUCUACUGGUCUUUUUCUGCUCAAGGAGCAUUGCCAUUCUCGAUCACAAUGUCUAAGCUGUCCUCACGCGAUGCACUACCCAUCAAUGCUCUCUGUUGGAACACUGUGCUAAUUUGCGCGAUUGGUGCUAUAAGCAUCGGAUCUACAACUGCCAUGAAUGCGCUUCUCGGAGCCGCAAAUUUGUGUCUCCUGUCCGCCUUUGCCAUCGUUUUUGGACUGAUGCUGUAUCGUGGCCGCAAGGUGCUAGAUCCGGAGCGAUGGUUUAAUCUGGGGCGAUGGGGUGAUCUCAUAGUUUGGGCUUCGCUUAUAUGGGUCAUUUUCAUUUCUGUUAUGUUUUGCUUUCCUCUGUAUCUACCGGUUACUGCUGAGGUUAUGAACUGGACAUCGCUGGUCUUUGCUGGCGUGCUCAUUUUAGCCGGGGCUUACUGGCUAUGCGUCUAUUCACGCAGAGGUAUUGUUGGAGAAUAA